AUUGGAACUGUAAAAGAAUGGAUAAGGAAAUGACGUUGUUUUGUGUGGGGGUUGGAGUUGUGUUUGCGACUGUCAAUACUUGGGCUAAUAGCCCUGAAGGAGAAAGCAAACUGUACUGCUCAUGGUGGCCAUUCGCCACUUUCUUGGUGUUUAUCCUCUCAAAGAUUUUGGAGCUGUUGGCAAAGAAGUUUUACUGAUUGGUAGUAAUGAUCUUAGCUCCGGUUAAUUUUGCAUUCUUAUGGUAUGGAGCUUGGAUCUUCCUACAUUAUUUCCCAGAUGUUUAUCAACAUAUUAUUGUGUUUACAUUUAUUCUGAUUCUCCAGGUAUUCCAGUCGAUUUCAUAUGUCUUGAUACUUCUACUAUGUAUUUGGACAUGUAAAUGGGAUGGUGGCUUCUCACUUUCAAGUGUAUUAAGCCAAACUCUAAUUAACGAUGAAUCUCUGGAGAUAGAACUAGAAAAGAUUAUAGAAACUAAGCCUGUUAGUGAUAGCUUUCAUAAUGAAGAGACUUGAACAAUUUGACUGUUAAGUUUUACUAAAGAUGACGUAAUAUCUGAACUUAAAGAAUGUAAUCACAUAUUUCAUCAGAGCUGUAUCAAGCAAUGGAUAGCUGUAGAAGCUAGAUGACCUAACUGAAAUUUAUGCCUAGCCAAUAACAAAGAGAGAUAAAUAAUAAAGGCUUUCAUAAAGAUAUGAAAGGAUAGUAGAAUGUGUUUUGAAAAUUUUCUA